GGAAACUCUCCUCUCUCUAUGCUUUAGCGCUCAACCUCCCUCCCUUUUCCUCCCUCUUCUCCCGCAGUGCGUUAACCGGCACAUCCCUACACUGGAGGCAUAAAUGCGCUCAACACCCCACCAGCCAAUCAAGAGCCGGUUAACGCACUGCGGGGAGAGAGGGAGGGAGAGCACUAAGCAUAGAGAGAGGAGAGUUUCCUGAUCCUAGUGUGGGAGCAGCAACUAGUGACAGCCUUUGUUUGGUUACAGCCAGAAGCUCAGGGCUAACCCUGUUGUGUGAGAGUGGACCGUACAGAGGACAUCUACAACCCUCCCUUGAUUUAGCUUCAAGGGAAGGGGCUUGGUCAUCAAGUCAAGUGAGGGUAUUAGGGAUGGUGCAGACUCGACAAACCGGCUUCGUUGUUAACACUUGGGGGUGUGCAGAGGAGAGUCCUUGGGAUUAAGGGCUGGGCUAUGAGGAAGGCUUUCGGCUGGCUGAUGUCUAUCUUUACAGAGAACAAGGAGAGGCUGAUGUGACCACAGAGAACACCAAUGGCUUCUCUACCUCCCCCCAUCCCUCAAACCUCAGUGCCUAUGUCCAACAGGGCCUCUAAGAUGGAGGAUGAUGAGGAAGAGGAAGGUAUGAAGUUUGACUUUGACAACAGUGACGAAGAGUGCAGUACGACACCAGACAACUCUGUCUCUGCCAUGGCCAAGGGCUUUGAAGCCACUGUGAUGGCGGGGCUUGCAUCAAAAAGGAACACAAUGGGCCCUAGUUCUGCCCAAGACCCAACAGUAAAGCCAAGGCUCAAUGGAUGGCCAUCUGCUGGAAAGGAGGACCAGAGCAUGCACUCACUCCCUCAUUCCAAUAGCUCAGAGAUGGUGGGAAGAAGGUCUCCUGAGGGCCACUCUGAGCUGGGAGUGUCAGGAGACACAGAGGGUUCUGGGAGAAGAAAUAGCAUUUAUGAAGCAGGAUCUAUGAAUGAGUGCUACUACACCCCUAUCUUAAAAAAGGCUGCCCACAUAGACACUCAGACAGGGAAACCUCCCCCUAUUCUUAAUGUAGGAGGUCCAGGUGAUGCAGCAAGUCCUGAAAAUGAAAAUGUGUCUCGUCCGGAGGGCCUGCAAGGUCCAGAUGGUCUGGCCUGCACAGACAGCCCACCCAGCCCCACCAGUCCUGAUAACGUCAUGACUGAUCCGACCCACCGCCAUGACAUGACCAACUCGACCAGCCCUGAUGACAUCAUCAUGACUAGUUCAGAGGCAAUCUUUAGGACCAGUCGUCCAGAGGUCAUCUAUGAUGACGUGCCCUGUGAGAGCCUCCUCUCUCCUCUGGAAGAUGACAUCUACGAGGACGUCCAGAGGCCAGAAAGCCAUCAUGGCACCAACAACGGUUGGAGCGACAGUGAGUUUGAGAGCUAUGAUGAGCAGUCAGACAGCGAGACCAAAAUACCCACUGUUGCCCGAAGCAGUAGUAAGCUUUCUCAGGACAUGUGGCGGCUGAAAGAGCGCUGUGCCAAGACAAAGCAGGAUCUGGCCAUGCGCAGCUGUGACUUCAAGGUCCAGAUGCUGAUGAAAGCAGCGAGAAAUGGCACCAAGGACGGACUGGAAAAGACAAAGUUAGCUAUGAUGCGUAAAGUCUCUUUCCUGCAGAAAAAAGAAACCACGGAGGAGAGUGACGAUGACGCUGGUUAUCUGGACGUGACGGUGUCUGACGUGAAGCACCCGCCGCCCCAGCUGAGCCCUAUGCCAAAGGGGCUUACCACCCAACAGAUUAUUAGACGCCACAUCAUUGGCUCCAUCGUACAAAGUGAGAGGAGUUAUGUGGACUCUCUCAAGAGAAUCUUAGUGGAGUACCAGAAGCCCUUGCUUGAGCCAGAGGCUCGGAUCCUGAGCGAUAAGAAGGUCCGGCCCAUAUUUUACCGACUGCGGGAGAUCCUGCAGUGCCACUCAAUGUUCCAAAUCGCCCUGGCAUCCCGUGUGGCCGAGUGGGACCUCAGUGAGAAGAUCGGAGACCUCUUUGUGGCCUCGUUUUCCAAGUCAAUGGUACUAGACGUGUACAGCGACUACGUCAACAACUUCACUAACGCUAUGGCGCUCAUCAAGAAAGCCUGCAUUUCCAAGCCAGCUUUCCUGGAGUUUCUCAAGAAGAAGCAAGUGUCAAGUCCUGACAGAAUCACUCUUUAUGGCCUUAUGGUUAAACCAAUCCAGCGCUUCCCUCAGUUCAUCCUGCUGCUACAGGACAUGCUGAAGAACACUCCCCGGGCCCACCCUGACCGCCUGCCCCUGCAGUUGGCCCUCACCGAGCUGGAGACGUUGGCCGAGAGGCUGAACGAGCAGAAACGAGUCGCUGACCAGGUCGCUGAAAUCCAGCAGCUGGCACGCAGCAUUGGUGACCGUCAACUGAGCAAGCUCUUGAACUCAGACCAGAGGCAGCUGAUACUGUGUGAGGUACUGAUUGAGACAGUGUAUGGGGAGAAAGGACAGGUCCUUAAGUCCAAGGAGCGCAAGGUUUUCCUGCUGAACGACACCCUCAUCUGUGCAAACAUCAAUGUCAAAUAUGAGAAUCACAGCACUGAUAAUGUCAUAAAUGAACAAAGGGGUCCCCCUGAUAUCAGCAGUCUAGUUCCCAUUGGUCCUAAAUACACAGUGAAGUGGAGUGCCCCCUUGCUGCAGACGCAGGUAGUGGAGGUGGGACAGGAGAGCUUCCAGAGCAAAGAUACAGGGAAACGGCCAAACGUUGCUAAUGUUCCAGGUAAAGUGUUCCUGGGCCCUCCCAGACUGUACCAGGAGCUGGAGGAGCUUCAACACGACCUGUCUGUGGUUGAAAACAUCACCCUGCUGGUGGGGACUUUACAAGGCACCUACCAGAACCUGAACACAACAGUAGGGCAGGACUGGUGCCUUGCACUGCAGAGGCUCAUCCACAUCAAAGAUGAACAGAUCCAGUGUGCCAACAAGUGCCGCCUGCGGCUGGCUGUGCCAGGCAAGCCUGACAAAUCUGGACGACCGGUCAGUUUCAUGGUGGUUUUCAACACUCCCAGUCCCCUCAGUAAGAUCUCCUGGGUCAACCGCCUACACCUCGCCAAGAUAGCCAAGAGGGAAGAGAACAUGCCAGGCUGGGUGUUUGCAGAGGAUGAUGGCAAGACUAGACAUCCAUUUUGGUGUCCCCUGCUAGCCUGCCGACUUCCCAUCUUCUCCUCCAAAACACAAGACCAAAAGCUGGAGACAGCGCUUCACAACCCGGUCCAAUGUGCCCUGCUGGCAUUCUCUGCAGCCAGCACCUCUCUGCCACAGGGCUACCUUUGGGUGGCCAGUGGAGGUGACCGCAACCACGGUCAAGUGGAAAUCUUCUCUCUGAACCGCUCCACGCCGCGCAUGGUCAAGUCCAUCCAGAUGGGGGCGCCAGUCCUGUGUCUGGACCACGUGAUGGAGCCUUGUCCCACCGAAGAGGAAGAGGGGGAGGCUGCUGUCAAGAGCACAGCCAGGACUGGCAACACCAUCUGUGUAGGCCUGCAGGAUGGCAACAUUCAUGUGUACGGUACCGUGGACACUUCGACCCAGUGCCUGCUGACCUUCUCCAACCCAGACAGUUGUCCAGUUCUGUGUCUGAAACACUCUGCCUCCUUCCUGUUCGCUGGGCUGGGGAAUGGAAAAGUGUCUGUUUACGCUCGGAAGAGUGGAGAGGGGUUGUGGGACCCUGAGUCGUGCAGGCUGGUGACUGUGGGCAGUGGCCCCAUCCGCACCCUCCUAACCCUAGAGAAUGUUGUGUGGGCCAGCUGUGCCAACCACGUCACCGUCAUCCAGGGCUCCAGCCUCCACACACAGAGUUUUGACGCGCACCCGGAGCCCGCCGUCAGUGUGAGUCACAUGGUGCGGGCGGGGGGAGGGGUGUGGAUGGCCUUCUCCGAGGGCUCAUCCAUCCGCCUGUUCCACACGGAGACACUGGAGCACCUGCAGGAGAUCAACAUCUCCACACGCUCCACCUUCCUCAGCCCAGGGCAGCAGGGCAACGUCCGGGUCACCAGCCUACUCAUCUGCCAGGGGCUGCUGUGGGUGGGCACUGCCCAGGGCAUCAUCGUCACCCUGCCCGUGCCGAAACUGGAGGGUAUCCCCAAAAUAACAGGUAAAGGGAUGACGUCUCUAAACGCUCACUGUGGCCCUGUGGAUUUCCUUGUGGUCACCUCCAGCACCCUGUCCCCAGACAUGCUCAAACGGGAUUCUGUCUGCGAGACUGUAGACCAGGCCAAUGGGGGAGCGGGAGGAGGAGAGGGUGGGGAGUGGAGGAAUGAAUUGUCCCAGGAGUCACUCUCGCAACCUGACUGCUCCUCCCCCCACGGAGAGCCCGCCAAGGGAAUGCUGCUUCAGUAUCGCCUCCGCUCAACCACCCAGCUGCCUGGCAAGCUGCUGACAGCCGAACCCGACCAGAGCCCAUGUGACGCCCCACCGGAGACCCCGGAGCACAGCCCUGAGGACGGCUCUAUCUACGAGCUGAGCGAGGACCCUGAGGUAUGGGUGCGGGGGCAGCCCCCGGCCAGGGAGGGGCGCGGGAAGGACAAGGUGACCUCUGCUGCCGUCUUCUCCGGAGGCAGGGGGUUCCGUCGACUUGGGGAGGAGACUAUAGCAGCCAAUGGGGACCCAGAUGAAAUUACGCUCAUGGUUUGGCAACUCCCACUAACAGUGAGCCCAUGAGGAUACAAGACUGAUUGGAUGAGACGAGAGCUGGCUCCUCCCACUCGCCUGAUGUAUUGCAUGCUCUAUGAAGAAGAGACUAUUAAACAAUAUAUAUUCAGGAUGACUAGACUAUCAGGAAGGGCUAUACAGUAUGGUACAUUCCUAUACCACCUUGGUGGUUGGAUUUCUGGAUGGAGUCUGAGGGAGUAGUGGUGUGCUGCAAACUGUGUUUGACAUGUUUCAGGCCCUCUCACACACUCCUCCCAGCAGAUGCUUCUUCAGUCUGGCAGAUCUAGACCAGGGGGUCUCGUCAAAUGGAAUUUGCGGAGGUUCACUCAACAUGAUUUUGCAUUUUGCACGUUCUUGAAAAAAGUAUAAUUGACAAGUGAUUGAAAAGUGACCGUUACGAAUGUUAGAUUUUGAUUUUCUUGUUGUCACUCUAAUUGACUCCUAUUGCCAGUGUAUCAAGUGUGUUGCUAACACAGAACAUGACAUUUAAUGUUAGGGUGUAUGGGAGCAUGUUUAUAAAGUACUUCUAAACUCUUUACAACCCCCCCCCCCCCUUAAAGGGUAUGUUCAUGUAAAGUGUUACCAGUUAACUUAAUGUAAAGUAGAGAUACAGUACACUGACAGGUAUCCCGCUUUUGGGGGAAAAAGAGAAAUCUACAUAUAACAUUUCUCUAAAAUCAACUUGAUGAUCAACAUACUGUGUAAUAACAUCUUGUCCUGUCUUUCUGUGAGAAGUUUGUCUAAUGUCCUGUUUUCCAUUUCAAUAAUCCAGAAGAUGUGAAGAAGGAAAAAGCACCAAGGGAAAGAAUGUCUCAGCUACCUUAUGCUUGACAGGUACUUAUUUUGGACAGUGUGUUUACACUGUGUCACUUUGUUAUUUGAAUAAAGAGAUCAUGGUCUGAUA